CUCUCUCUCUCUCUCACCGUCUGAUCUGAGAGGCGGUCUCUUCUCUUCUAUAUAUUUUGAUUGAGGACCCUUCUCUUGGUAGCAACGAUACUGAGCGGAAACAGAAGAAAGAAGAUAAUUUUAUCUGAUCAAAAGUAAAAAAGAAGGACAAAGCAAAACAUGGGACAUGGUGAAAAGGGUCGACCCAACAAGAAGCUCAAAUCCUCUAAGGAUGAGCACAGGAGCACAACUAUGGAAGACGAUGACUUUUAUUUCGGUGAAGAAACAGAAGAUGAUUAUCGCGAUGACGGCGAUAAGGAAGGGAAGAAGAGGGAUUUUAGCAAAUUAGAACUGAAACUAGACCACGCCAAUCGGCCGCUAUGGGCCUGCGCCGAUGGUCGCAUUUUCCUCGAGACUUUCUCCCCUUUGUACAAACAAGCCUACGAUUUCCUCAUCGCCAUUGCCGAGCCCGUUUGCAGGCCUGAGUCAAUGCACGAAUACAAUUUGACUCCACAUUCAUUAUAUGCUGCUGUGUCAGUGGGUCUUGAAACUGAAACCAUAAUAGCUGUUUUGAACAAGUUGUCCAAAACAAAGCUGCCCAAAGAGAUGAUUGAUUUUAUUCAUGGUUCUACUGCCAAUUACGGCAAAGUGAAGCUUGUGCUUAAGAAGAAUCGGUACUUUGUUGAAUCACCAUUUCCAGAGGUACUGAAAAGGUUGUUGAAAGAUGAAGUUAUAUCUCGUGCAAGAAUGACCUCUGAGGUGCAUGGAAAUGAUGGUUUUACAAUAAGUAAAACUGCUGGAGAAAUUGCAACUGGUCAUGAUGGGUUGCUAAAUGAAGCAGAAUUGGCAGCUGCAGCAGAAGAAAAAGAAACUCACUCAUUUGAGAUUGAUCCUUCUCAGGUUGAAAAUGUAAAACAGCGGUGCUUGCCAAAUGCUUUAAAUUAUCCAAUGUUGGAGGAGUAUGACUUUAGAAAUGAUACUGUCAAUCCUGAUCUUGACAUGGAACUGAAGCCUCAUGCACAACCACGACCAUAUCAAGAAAAGAGCCUUAGUAAAAUGUUUGGAAAUGGUAGAGCAAGAUCUGGCAUCAUUGUACUACCAUGUGGUGCUGGAAAGUCCUUAGUUGGUGUUUCUGCAGCAUGUCGAAUAAAGAAAAGUUGCCUUUGUUUAGCAACAAAUGCUGUAUCUGUGGAUCAGUGGGCCUUUCAGUUCCAGCUCUGGUCUACCAUCCGAGAUGAACAAAUUUGUCGAUUCACAUCUGAUAGCAAAGAAAGAUUUCAAGGCAAUGCUGGGGUUGUUGUGACAACAUAUAACAUGGUUGCUUUUGGUGGUAAACGAUCUGAAGAAUCUGAAAAAAUUAUUGAAGAAAUAAGAAAUAGAGAAUGGGGACUGCUUCUUAUGGAUGAGGUCCAUGUGGUUCCUGCUCACAUGUUUCGUAAAGUUAUUAGCCUCACUAAAUCUCACUGCAAACUUGGGCUUACUGCCACACUUGUCAGAGAGGAUGAAAGAAUUACAGAUUUGAACUUUCUAAUUGGUCCCAAAUUGUAUGAAGCAAACUGGUUGGAUCUAGUGAAAGGAGGAUUUAUAGCAAAUGUCCAGUGUGCUGAAGUAUGGUGUCCAAUGACCAAGGAGUUUUUUGCUGAAUAUCUGAAGAAAGAAAACUCCAAGAAGAAGCAGGCACUAUAUGUGAUGAACCCCAAUAAGUUCAGGGCAUGUGAGUUUCUGAUACGUUUCCAUGAACAACAGCGAGGUGACAAGAUAAUUGUGUUUGCUGACAAUCUCUUUGCACUUACUGAGUAUGCAAUGAAACUUCGCAAACCUAUGAUUUAUGGUGCUACCAGCCAUGCUGAGAGGACAAAAAUUCUUCAGGCUUUCAAAACUAGCAAGGAAGUAAAUACAAUUUUUCUGUCAAAGGUGGGUGAUAAUUCAAUAGAUAUUCCUGAGGCAAAUGUGAUAAUUCAGAUUUCGUCACAUGCUGGUUCUAGACGACAAGAAGCCCAACGAUUAGGGCGUAUUCUUAGGGCAAAGGGUAAACAUCAAGAUAGGAUGGCAGGUGGCAAAGAAGAGUACAAUGCGUUUUUCUAUUCCCUUGUUUCUACUGAUACACAGGAAAUGUACUACUCCACCAAAAGGCAGCAGUUCUUGAUUGAUCAGGGUUACAGCUUUAAGGUGAUAACAAGUUUGCCUCCACCUGAUUCUGGUGCUGAUUUGAGUUACUACCAUCUUGAUGAGCAAUUGGCACUCCUAGCGAAGGUUUUGAAUGCUGGAGAUGAUGCUGUGGGCUUAGAGCAGCUAGAAGAAGAUGCAGAUGACAUAGCACUUCAUAAAGCUCGUCGCUCCAUGGGUUCAAUGAGUGCAAUGUCAGGUGCAAAGGGAAUGGUUUAUAUGGAAUACAGUACUGGACGGAACAAACUCGGCGGGCAGGGCCAAGUUAAGAGUAAACCCAAGGAUCCAUCCAAGCGGCAUUAUCUGUUCAAAAGACGCUAUGGCUAAGAUGACAAAUGAACACCAUAAUGGCUGUUCUUGUGUUCUUUUUACAUACCAAGAGAUGAGUGUGAAGGACCAAAGGUGCUCUCAAACUAGGAUUUUCUUACGGUUUGGUAUGUAUUAAAAAAUUAUGUGUGCUGAUGCUAUACUUGCAAGAUUCCAUACAGAAGUAUAAUGCUUGCAAUUACUUCUUUGCACAUUCUACUUGAGUGUGCCAUAUUGAAAGUACAUGAUAUGAAGUCUUUCUUUACAAUUCGACAAAA